UGAAAGUGGUUCAACAGAAGAAAGCGUGACCUGAAUGAUACAAUAGCAAUCAAUAGGAAGUAAAAUGAUAUACGACGUUGACUUUAUCAUUAUGACCUUUUAAUAACGUUGGCAGAUCUAGACGGAGACUGUAAAAACUUUAUAAAUGCAAGGAUAGCACUAUAGGAUAGCACUAUAGGACAUGGAAUUACUGGGGGUGAUUCUCACUGUAUUGGCUGUCAAAGUGAUUUCAGGAGUGACCACGGACUUACAAGACCAGUUAGUCAGGGACCUAUUCGCCAGAUACGAUCGUGACGUCAGACCCCAGUGUGAACACAAUGACAAGGUCAAUGCUACAGCGGAUAUGAGCCUACGUCAGAUAAUUGACCUUGAUGAACCAAAACAAAUUUUAAAACUAAACGUGUGGAUUAGGACGAGAUGGACCGACUGCCGAUUGACAUGGGACCCGGCUAAUUACAGCGAUAUAAACCAUAUCGUUAUCCCUUACAACCGGUUAUGGGUACCUGACCUCGUGCUGUACGACAAUGCGGAGUCGACCCUGUCUGGUAUCAAGGACUUUCGAGCAGAACUGAAGCAUACAGGAUUUAUUUCCUAUAACUUCCCUUCCAUCCUCAACAGUUUGUGUGCCAUCAACGUUCGAUACUUCCCUUUCGAUACGCAGACAUGUCCACUGAUUUUUGGCUCCUGGGCCUACAAUGGGCUAGAGUUAGAUAUAUCGAAUGCCUCCUCCCAUACCGGUCUGGCCAGUUUCGUCCGUAGUAUUGAGUGGGAGGUGCUGGACGCACCGAUCACCUACAGCCAGGACUGGUACGGUGACAUGUAUUGGUCAACAGUAACGUUCACAUUUAAUCUACAACGUAAACCUCUAUUUUAUAUCAUGAACAUCCUCUGCCCCUGUUUGCUUAUCACAUUUGUGGCUGUCUUUGGCUUUAUGCUGCCACCAGACUCCGGCGAGAAGGUCAACCUAGAGAUCACCGUUCUCCUGUCUCUGGCUGUGUUUCAGUUGAUUGUCCUGGAGACCAUUCCACCGUCUGGGGACAGCACGCCUUUUCUAGGUAUGUACUUCAUGGUAUCCAUGGCACUGGUGGGAAUGUCAUGUCUCCUCACUGUUUUCGUUCUACAAGUUCACUACAAAGGAAACAAUGGCACGCGUAUGCCUGGAUGGGUUAAGCGAUGCAUCAUGGUACCCUUAUCACGUGUCACCUGCGUAAAGAUUACUUUUGAUGAUGACAAGAACUACAGUGUAUCAGGCGGAAAUAACUCUGGGAUCAUCAUUCCUAAUGGCCCUCUGCAGUGCGAACAAGUAGAGAAAAUUAAUCACAACAGCUACCAGGACAACGAAAAGACGCAGCCCACUACACACCCAUCAGGGGAACGACUUUCACUUUUUCGACUCCAAUCUGCACUCAAUGGUAUUUCGGACAGACUAGAAUUCUUCAGGCGUCACAUAGAAUCUCAGCAAGAGGAAACAACACUACAUACAGACUGGAACCUCCUGGCUGUCAUGAUGGACCGCGUGUUCAUGGUGUUGUACGUUCUAAUCGUUAGCACGGUGGCGCUGUCAAUGAUACUUCCGGUUGUCUUACGCGACCGAUCUAUGCAUACGGAAUGAUGAAGAAAACACAAAAAUUAGUAAAAUGGUACCUCCGUUCAACAGUAAAAUUGAAUUUGCAUAUGUUCAAGAAAGCCAAAUUUGUAUGUGGUAUCUAAACUCAUCUGAGAAAUAUAAGGUACUGCUGUAAGAAUUUACAUCUCAAACCGAAGUGGAUUUUCUAAAAUAUGCCCCGUGAUUAUAUUAGAAACAUCUGCUAUAUAUUGGAUUUUUCCACAAACGUUCAUUAUAAGAAUUUACCGAACACAAGUCACAGGAUGUAUUAUUCAACAAGGAGUACAUACAGGCAUUGUACAGUACGAAAAUGUUUGUUUAUAAAUCAGAUGAUAGUACAUGCCAUGGAGGUAAUUCGAUGUACAUUUACAAUGUUUAUAUACAGAUAAAUGUUCUUAUACAGCGAUUGUAAUGGGGGCCUCUGGUGUUAAAACAACACUGUAUCUGUUAUUGACUUACUUUUGUCUUUAAAGUGAAAAAGCUUCAGAUAAUUAUAUACAACGGUCCAUACAUCAAUCCGACAGAGCCUUUGUAUUGUGGUGGUCAAAAUGAUGUCACAAUUAACGGGUUUUGAGCUAUAUUCUAUAAUAGUUUAUAUAGUUAUGUAUAGACGUAAGGAUGUUACUUUAACAAGACUGACACAUCAGUCAUUUCUAUGUGUCAUGAAACAUGGGUAAGUU